AGCUUCUUCAUCUCCAGGACAGACGCUCAGGCUCCUCUCUCGCCUUAGCCCAACCUGCUUUCCCGCCUCACAAACUCCGGUUUCCCUCCACUCCCAACUCUUUUCACUCCACGUUUCCCCUCCUCUAUCUCCCACGCCACGAACUCCAAUCCCCCAGCUCCUUUCUCCCGCCCUCCCCUUUCCCUCUCCUCCCUUCAACUCUUCAUCCGCUUCUACCUCAGACUGCGCGCACUCAAUUCAGUCGCCCACUCCCGUUCGGCUCCUCGAAGCCAUGGCGGGACCUGGGGGCUGGAGGGACAGGGAGGUCACGGAUCUGGGCCACUUGCCGGAUCCAACUGGAAUAUUCUCACUAGAUAAAACCAUUGGCCUUGGUACUUAUGGCAGAAUCUAUUUGGGACUUCAUGAGAAGACUGGUGUGUUUACAGCUGUUAAAGUGAUGAACGCUCGUAAGACCCCUUUACCUGAAAUAGGAAGGCGAGUGAGAGUGAAUAAAUAUCAAAAAUCUGUUGGGUGGAGAUAUAGCGAUGAAGAAGAGGAUCUCAGGACUGAACUCAACCUUCUGAGGAAGUACUCUUUCCACAAAAACAUUGUGUCCUUCUAUGGUGCAUUUUUUAAGCUGAGUCCCCCUGGUCAGAGGCACCAACUUUGGAUGGUGAUGGAGUUAUGUGCAGCAGGUUCGGUCACUGAUGUAGUGAGAAUGACCAGAAAUCAGAGUUUAAAAGAAGAUUGGAUUGCUUAUAUCUGCCGAGAAAUCCUUCAGGGCUUAGCUCACCUUCACGCACACCGAGUAAUUCACCGGGACAUCAAAGGUCAGAAUGUGCUGCUGACUCAUAAUGCUGAAGUAAAACUGGUUGAUUUUGGAGUGAGUGCCCAGGUGAGCAGAACUAAUGGAAGGAGGAAUAGCUUCAUUGGGACACCAUACUGGAUGGCACCUGAGGUGAUUGACUGUGAUGAGGACCCAAGACGCUCCUAUGAUUACAGAAGUGAUGUGUGGUCUGUGGGAAUUACUGCCAUUGAAAUGGCUGAAGGAGCCCCUCCUCUGUGUAACCUUCAACCCUUGGAAGCUCUCUUCGUUAUUUUGCGUGAAUCUGCUCCCACAGUCAAAUCCAGCGGAUGGUCCCGUAAGUUCCACAAUUUCAUGGAAAAGUGUACGAUAAAAAAUUUCCUGUUUCGUCCUACUUCUGCAAACAUGCUUCAUCACCCAUUUGUUCAGGAAAUAAAAAAUGAACGACAUGUUGUUGAGUCAUUAACGAGGCAUCUUACUGGAAUCAUUAAAAAAAGACAGAAAAAAGGAAUACCUUUGAUCUUUGAAAGAGAAGAAGCUAUUAAGGAACAGUACACCAUGAGAAGAUUCAGAGGACCCUCUUGCACUCAUGAGCUUCUGAGAUUGCCAACCAGCAGCAGAUGCAGACCACUUAGAGUCCUGCAUGGAGAACCCUCUCAGCCAAGGUGGCUUCCUGAUCGAGAAGAGCCACAGGUCCAGGCACUUCAGCAGCUACAGGGAGCAGCCAGGGUAUUCAUGCCACUGCAGGCCCUGGACAGUGCACCUGGGCCUCUAAAGGGGCAGGCUCAGGCACCUCAACGACUACAAGGGGCAGCUCGGGUGUUCAUGCCACUACAGGCUCAGGUGAAGGCUAAGGCCUCUAAACCUCUACAAAUGCAGAUUAAGGCACCUCCACGACUACGGAGGGCAGCCAGGGUGCUCAUGCCACUACAGGCACAGGUUAGGGCACCUAGGCUUUUGCAGGUACAGGCCCAGGUAUCCAAAAAGCAGCAGGCCCAGACCCAGACAUCAGAACCACAAGAUCUGGACCAAGUACCAGAGGAAUUUCAGGGUCAAGAUCAGGUACCUGAACAACAAAGGCAGGGCCAGAGCCCUGAACAACAGCAGAGGCACGACCAGGUGCCUGAACAAGAGCUGGAGCAGAACCAGGAACCUGAACAGCCAGAGGUACGGGAACAGGCUGCUGAGCCUGCACAGGCAGAGACUGAGGCAGAGGAACCUGAGUCAUUACGAGUAAAUGCCCAGAUAUUCCUUCCCCUGCUAUCACAGGAUCACCAUGUGCUGUUGCCACUACAUUUGGAUACUCAGGUGCUCAUUCCAGUAGAGGGUCAAACUGAAAGAUCACCUCAGGCACAGGCUUGGACACUAGAACCCCCACAGGCAAUUGGCUCAGUUCAAGCACUGAUAGAGGGACUAUCAAAAGACUUGCUUCGAGCACCAAACUCAAAUAACUCAAAGCCACUUGGUCCGUUGCAAACCCUGAUGGAAAAUCUGUCAUCAAAUAGGUUUUACUCACAACCAGAACAGGCACGGGAGAAAAAAUCAAAAGUUUCUACUCUGAGGCAAGCACUGGCAAAAAGACUAUCACCAAAGAGGUUCAGGGCAAAGUCAUCACGGAGACCUGAAGAGCUUGAACUCUCAGAUUUAGAAGCCCGGAGGCGAAGGCGCCAACGCAGAUGGGAAGAUAUCUUUAAUCAGCAUGAGGAAGAAUUGAGACAAGUUGAUAAAGACAAAGAAGAUGAAUCAUCAGACAAUGAUGAAGUAUUUCAUUCGAUUCAGGCUGAAGUCCAAAUGGAGCCAUUGCAGCCACACAUUUCAAAUCCUAAAAAAAUUGAGGUUCAAGAGAGAUCCCCUUCUGUGCCUAACAACCAGGAUCAUGCACAUCAUGUUGAGUUCUCUUCAAGCGUUCUUCAGCGGUCUCUUUUGGAACAAGCUCAGAAGCCCAUUGACAUCAGACAAAGGAGUUCGCAAAAUCGUCAAAAUUGGCUGGCAGCAUCAGAAUCUUCUUCUGAGGAAGAGAGACCUGUGACUGGAAGGAGGUCUCAGUCAUCACCACCUUAUUCUACUAUUGAUCAGAAGUUGCUGGUUGACAUCCAUGUUCCAGAUGGAUUUAAAGUAGGAAAAAUAUCACCCCCUGUAUACUUGACAAACGAAUGGGUAGGCUAUAAUGCACUCUCUGAAAUCUUCCGGAAUGAUUGGUUAACUCCUGCACCUGUCGUUCAGCCACCUGAAGAGGAUGGUGAUUAUGUUGAACUCUAUGAUGCCGGUGCUGAUACUGAUGGUGAUGAUGAUGAGUCUAAUGAUACUUAUGAAGAUACCUAUGAUCAUACCAAUGGCAAUGAUGACUUGGAUAACCAGGUUGAUCAGGCUAAUGAUGUUUGUAAAGACCAUGAUGAUGACAACAAUAAGUCUGUUGAUGAUGUAAAUAAUAGUUAUUAUGAGGCACCUAGUUAUCCAAGGGCAAGCUAUGGCAGAGAUGGAAGCUGCAAGCAAGAUGGUUAUGAUGGAAGUUGUGGAAAAGAGGAAGCCUACAGAGGCUAUGGAAGCCAUAGAGCCAAUAGAAGCCAUGGAGGAAGUGCAGCCAGUGAGGACAAUGCAGCCACUGGAGAUCAGGAAGAACAUGCAGCCAAUAUAGGCAGUGAAAGAAAAGGCAGUGGGGGUGAUGGAGAUAAGGGAGUCAUUCGAACCAGUGAAGAGAGUGGAGCCCUUGGACCCAAUGGAGAAGAAAAUUGCUCAGAGACAGAUGGUCCAGGAUUGAAGAGAGCUGUGUCUCAGGACUUUGAAUAUCUACAGGAGGAGCCAGGUGGUGGAAAUGAGGCCUCAAAUGCCAUUGACUUAGGUGCUGCACUGUCAGCACCUGAUGAUGAGAGCGACAAUAAGGACAUACCAGAAUCAUCAAUACAAUCAGAUUUUUCUGCCAAUCACUCAUCUCCUUCCAAAGGUUUUGGGAGGUCUGCUGAUGCUAAGUUUGCCAGUGCCAUCUUAUAUGCUGGAUUUGUAGAAGUACCUGAGGAAUCACCUAAGCAACCCUCUGAAGUCAAUGUUAACCCACGCUAUGUCUCUCCUUCAUGUAAAAAACCACUAAUCCACAUGUAUGAAAAGGAGUUCACUUCUGAGAUCUGCUGUGGUUCUUUGUGGGGAGUCAAUUUGCUGUUGGGAACCCGAUCUAAUCUAUAUCUGAUGGACAGAAGUGGAAAGGCUGACAUUACUAAACUUAUAAGGCGAAGACCAUUCCGCCAGAUUCAAGUCUUAGAGCCACUCAAUUUGCUGAUUACCAUCUCAGGUCGUAAGAACAGACUUCGGGUGUAUCAUCUGACCUGGUUGAGGAACAAGAUUUUGAAUAAUGAUCCAGAAAGUAAAAGAAGGCAAGAAGAAAUGCUGAAGACAGAGGAAGCCUGCAAAGCUAUUGAUAAGUUAACAGGCUGUGAACACUUCAGUGUCCUCCAACAUGAAGAAACAACAUAUAUUGCAAUUGCUUUGAAAUCAUCAAUUCACCUUUAUGCAUGGGCACCGAAGUCCUUCGAUGAAAGCACUGCUAUUAAAGUGAUGUGCAUUGAUCAAUCAGCAGACUCUGAAGGAGACUACAUGUCCUAUCAAGCCUAUAUACGAAUACUGGCAAAAAUACAGGCAGCUGAUCCAGCGAACCGGUUUAAGAGACCAGAUGAGCUCCUUCAUUUGCUGAAGCUCAAGGUAUUUCCAACACUUGAUCAUAAGCCAGUGACAGUUGACCUGGCUAUUGGUUCUGAAAAAAGACUAAAGAUUUUCUUCAGCUCAGCAGAUGGAUAUCACAUCAUUGAUGCAGAAUCUGAGGUUAUGUCUGAUGUGACCCUGCCAAAUAAUCCCCUGGAAAUCAUUAUACCACAGAAUAUCAUCAUUUUACCUGAUUGCCUGGGAAUUGGCAUGAUGCUCACCUUCAAUGCUGAAGCCCUCUCUGUGGAAGCAAAUGAACAACUCUUCAAGAAGAUCCUUGAAAUGUGGAAAGACAUACCAUCUUCUAUAGCUUUUGAGUGUACACAGCGAACCACAGGAUGGGGCCAAAAGGCCAUUGAAGUGCGCUCUUUGCAAUCCAGGGUUCUGGAAAGUGAGCUGAAGCGCAGGUCAAUUAAGAAGCUGAGAUUCCUAUGCACCCGGGGUGACAAGCUGUUCUUUACCUCUACCCUGCGCAAUCGCCACAGCCGGGUUUACUUCAUGACGCUUGGAAAACUUGAAGAGCUCCAAAGCAAUUAUGGUGUCUAAAAGUUUCCAGUGAUUUAUUACCACAUUAUAAACAUCAUGUAUAGGCAAUUUGCAUCUUCAGAUUUCAGAGAUUAAAUGAGCAUUCAGUUUUAUUUUUAGUAAAGAUUAAAUCCAAAACUUUUAAUGUAGCACAGAAUAGUUUUAAUGAGAAAUGAAACUUUAUGUAUAAAAUUAACUAUAGCAAGCUCUAUGUACUCCAAUGGUGUACAAUAACUUUUGCACAAACUUUGUAACUUUUGUUACUGUGAAUUCAAACAUUACUCUUUGGACAGUUUGGACAGUAUCUGUAUUCAGAUUUUACAACAUGGAGUAAAGAAACCUGUUAUGAAUUAGAUUACAAACAGUCUUCAAAAUAAUUGGCACUGGGAUAAGAUUUUUCAGAAAAAGAAAAAUAUCGACAAACUGUAUGUGAUUUUUCCAAAGUUAUAUGAAUAACCAAAGGUUUAGUCAAGAAACAAAAAUCUUAAAGAUUGUUAUAACCCAGACUAAGGUUGAACAACCUGCAUGCCCAGAGAAAACUAUGGUGACAAAGGGGAAAAGGCCAUCACCCUUUUUCUCACUGAUUCAUGACAAUUAAGCCUAUAGUUAAAGACCAGUUUUGUUCUUUUCACCCAUUUUUAGCUGGUUUCUCUUGAUAAGAAGAAAGGAAGAAAGCCCCAGAUGCUUGGUUUUUCUCGGACCCCCAAAAGAUGUGCAAUAGCUGUUGUUACAAACCACCAAAUAAUACAGUUGUGAGCCUGAAUACAGGACUGAACUCCUAUACAUAUGUACUGUAGAAUGAGUACUUUUUAAUACCUUAAGGUGGGCGUCAAAUUCUGCUCCCCAAAGCAGAUAGACUGAUUUAUCAAAAUUAUUAUCUGGCCAACAGUGUGGCUAUCAGACAGCAUCAAAUAUUUUCCCAAUCCAAGAUUAGACUAAACAAAAGCUUCCUUCCAAUAUUAAACAAAAGGAAUUAAACAUAACAAUGAAAAAACUUUG